AUGGACGCACCUUCAUCAGACUCGGAACGCGACCUCUUCGCCGACCGCCCCUCGAAGCGCGCACGCCAUUCCUCCCCAAAACGGCCCUCUACUGCCGGCUCCCUCGACAGCGGCCAAGACGACACCAAGCCCCACCGCACGCAUACACACAACGGGAACGGCACGUCUCAAGGCGCGGAUGUAGCCCCAAAGCCCGCACUGCAGCCGAGCAUCAUUGGCGUCGAGCCCCUGGACGAGUUCAUUCGCGAAAUCGCCGACUUCAUACACUAUCAAAUCUCCAACCGCCCGCCCGACGGGGGUGGCACCAUCGAAGUCGAGGCGAAGAUUGGGCUGCUGAAGGACCGUGCGAGCGGCCAGAGGCUGCAGCUGCCCGUGCUGGUCGAGACCAUCCUCACGCCCAACGCGAUUGAUAUGCGGUUCGAGUCGAAUAUGUCUGCCAAACAACACCAGCAUUUCAACAAGCUGCUGAACGACCUCAAAAUUAAGCAGCAGGCCGACCUCAAGAUUGACUACGAGCACCUCCACCUCAUUGACAACUUCUACGAGCCGGAAACAGGCCGAGACAAGAUUCGCGUUACCCGUAACGAGAAAACGGGCGAGGUCCGCGAGUGCAUGCGCAAAGUCCGCCUGGGGGACUUGAACAUCUACAGCCCGAAGCGGUUUGUAGAUUGGAGAGUUAGCGUGAACGUGGAAAUCCCUGUACCACCACCAAUAGGUACCCCAACACAUUCGCGGCGAAAAGACCGCCUGAGCUACUCCCAUCAAGAGUUCGCGAUAGACCUUACCCAGGUCACGGCGAGCGCGGGUCCAAAUUCCAAGCCGGAAGUACUGCACGAGCUCGAGGUCGAGCUGAAAAACUCCGAGUACCUGGUCGCGAUGGCGGCCAAGCGGGGAGACGCGUCGCUGUCCCUAGAGGAGCAGAACGCGUUCGACGAGCUGAUCCACGCGUUUGUGAAUAACGCGCGAAUUCUGGCUCGGAACGCGGCUCCCGGAGACGGUCGUUAGCGCUAUCGAAGCCAGUGCGGUCCUCUUCUGUUGCUGUCGGGUUGUGGUUGUAGUGUGUAUCGUUAUGUUCUCGCCCUAAUGACACUAAUUGCGUAGUUCGCGGUGAUUGUAUUCAUAGUUGCUAUGCUCGUUACUUUCCGGUGUAACUACUAUUCUGAACAGACGCUGCCGUAAGAGCGAGGUGCCGCUAGCCCUUGGAUAGGCACGAAGCAACCACCGCAUUGACCAGCCCGUGUCCCGAGCGAGCAGAGCCACACUCGUCCGUUCUGUCCACAAACGAGCGCACCCGACGCAAGCUGUCUGAUGCGCUCCCGUCGCGACGCCACGCGCGCGGGAGAUGACAGGCUGGCCGUGACGUGCCUGCCACUCAGUCUUCCUAUCCUCGUGGCCUCCCUCUCCCCUCCAACCCUGCGCGCGACUUCGUUUGCAGGUCGACUUACGGCAAGCGGGCCUGCGCGGCGUACGCGCGGACGAACCCAAACGCCACGGGGACCACAUAGCUCCUUACACGAGCUGAGGCGCGCAGUGUUCCGACGCGGCUGCGAUAGAGCUCGGCUUCCGCUUCGGAUCCGCCUGUGUUUCGUUCACUUGGCACGUUCGCGAUUCGAAGGUUAAGUCGAGGCCAGACAUCAGGCCCCCUAUCUCUGGGAAAGAGAAAGGCGCUAGCGCGAAGUCCGAUGUGGCCUUCGCGUUCGACGAUCCGAAGGACGCCUGAACGCGAACGCGAACGCGAACAACGGGCUCCUAUGCGUCUUCACGAACCCACUAAGACGCCGCAUCACGCUCAGCGGCCUAGGCUGAGCCGCGACCUGCGCAGAAGCCCAAGGCCACAGAGUGGUACGGCGACCAACCGACGCCGUCUUCUCGUCUCACUCUUUCGCCGGCCGGCGGCUUCAGUCAGCAUCAGGCACUGGCGGACACCCCACUCGCCAUCGUGUCUUCUAGUGCGAGCAGUGCAGCUACAGCAUCCGCUCGCAACAAAUCUAGAGCGACCUUCGCGGGAUCGCCAAGACGUCGCUGGUUUCCAGUCCGUCUGCGAAUACGAACGGCGACGAGACGAAAGAGGGCGCGCGGGUUGCUCCUUGACGAGAGACCCUGAGCAGCCGUACGUAACGCGCGCCCGCGACUGCGUACGCAAGGGUUCCGGAAAGUCCAGAUUGCUGCCCUCCGGUCGUGCUCGGACGCGCGGGAGGCAGAGUCGGAGGUUCUAUGCACGCACAGGACGUGUACUGGUCUCUUUGUAGACCCGGGAUUUCCCAUUGCGCUUUCCGUCCCUCCAGGGCCCGGCGAGGAGGUGUGUUCCGACAGGGAAGACGGAGAGGCACG